AUGUAUGACAAGUUUUGGGACAAAAUAAGUUUCGCUUCAGUUAAUUUAUUAUCGAAGCUAAACUUUGGAGACAGUAAACAGGACCAAAAAAAAUUAAAGGGCAUAAAAAAGGGUAAGAAAAAUGUGACGACACUUCCGUUGCUAUUAAGAAUAGAGGAUGACACAAAGAGGAAAAAAAAAAAAAAAAAAAUUCAGGAUAUCUACAAAAAGGAGCAGCCAUUUCUAUACUUGAUCAAAAAAAACAAAUACUCUCAAAUAAAAUUGCUUUUUAAUGACAUUGUUAAGACCUAUACUGAGCAACAAUUUCUGAGCGACUUGUCUUUAAAUUUUUUGUGCAGACUAUCUAGGACGGAAAAAUGUGCCAGCAUUUUGAGUGCGCGCGAUGUUCACACGCUGCUGCUCAUUUUGAGUCGGGAGUUUUUGGCCACACGUGAUGGGGAGGCGAGCGUCCCGAGGGAUGGUGAGCCUAGUGAUGUGAAGGAUGUCGCUGACCAAGGGGAGGACGAACCCCCCCUUGAAAACGACCGAGAUGCGAUAAUUUUAAAAACCAGCUGCUACUUGUUGCGAAACUUAUUUUUGAACAUGGAGGGGUGCGAUAUGGUGGACGACUCCUUUGCAAUUCUCUUUUUAACAAAAUUGAAUUACGUGAUGGACAUAAAAAAUGACAUUAGGAAGAAAGAUCUUAGACAUAACUACAGCUAUUAUUUCUACUACCUCCUCCUUUACUACUACCUCUACGUGUACAAUAACACGAGGAAGUUGGUGUUGUUCCCCGGAGGCAGAAUUUUUAAGUACUCAUUUGGAGACACGAAUGAGAUGGCACUGGUUCAUAAAAAGUACGACUCUAUGAAAGACAGCUCCAUGUACAAUAUGAAGAGGUAUGGAAUCUACACAGGGAUCCACAACAGUAUUGAAAAAGAUAAAGAUAAAAAAACGACAGAUUAUUUCAACAACAAAAAGUAUGUCCAUUUUUUAAAAAACAACUAUUCCAUAAAUUUUGACUCCUUAAAGGAGAAUACACAUUUGUUCUUCAAAUUUAAUGAUAUGCUAAAUGUGCAUUUUAUCACCAACAUGGACAAACUGAAAAUUUUACAAUUGAGUUCUCAUGAGUGUGUCAUGAAAGGGAAGCCUCACGUGAUGAGUGAAUCGGUGAACAAUUAUUUGAUGCUAUGUUUGCGGCUUCUUUUUAAACUGAAUAGUAAACAGGAAGGAGAUAAUUACACCCAAAUGAAAUGCAAUAAGGGUGUGCCAAGCAACAGUAACGAAAAUGCCAAGGCGGGAAAGAAAAACGACACGCAUUUUUUCACAUCGGAAAAGGAAAAAAAUAAAAGAAGAAAAGUACCAACAAAUUUAUUAUUAACAAAUAUUCACAACACAAAGAAGAGCCAAAAAAAUAAAUUAGUUUUAACGGAACUGUUGUACCAAGCAAUUGAUUAUGUGACGUUAAAUGAGGAGAUGCCUCCGUCUAGCAGUAAAGCGAACAACAGCAUUGUCGAAAAUGGACUAAGUGAAAUAGUUAAUUGCCUUGAAAAGAAAUUUAAAUUGAAGUACGUAGGAAGCGCAAAGGAUAUGGAAUACCCCUCACAAAGUGAAAGCAAAAAAAAAUCAAAAAAUGAAAAAAAUGCUGACAGCGAAGAGAACAUCCUAUUUAACAUCAUCAACAGAGACAACAAAUUACAAAAUAAAAAUAACUUAAACAUAGAGACAUUGCUGAAGAAGAUAAAUGAUCUGCUCAACAUCGGGAGGGACCCAUCUGCCUACGUCGACUCAGGGCUCCACAUUAUCAUCAGGAAUAUGUGUCUCAACAGGCUGAACUCGCUAAAUAUAGAUUUUCUCUUCCUCAUAAAUUUGUACUCAAACAAUAAUUUUAAAAAUAAGUUUUUUCAUUACGAUUCGAAGUUGGCGACCUCGCCGUGGAUUAGCGAAAAUGCCGACAAGAGUGACUACCCAGCCGAGCAUCGCGAAAAUGUCAGUGGAGAUGCGGCCCCAGCGACGCCGAUGGGAGCUCCCAAUGAAGCGAAAACGGAUGGGAAGACAGCGACAAAAGAGGGUGAGAAGCCUGAUAGCCCUUCUUCGGUGAGCCUUCCAACCAUGUACCUCCCAAGCCUUAAUCUGUCCGCCCUGUACUCCCCGCUGACCAACAAAGCGGAGGACGAAUCCGUCAAACCAGAAGCUAAAAGAAAAUCGAAGAGCCGGACAAAAAAGAAGAAUAAACACAUCCAUAAAGAGCUGUCACUAUGCUUCAAAAUCAUUGCAAACACUUUCGCCUCCAAAGAUCUUUGCUUCAAUUCUUUUUCUGUCUUAUAUUUUAUGUACAAAAAUAUAUUAGAUAAUGUCGUGAGGAUAUCUUUUAAUUUUACCUACUUUAUUAGUGCGGAGUUUUUUUUUUUCAACGAUAGUAUGAAUUUUCUCUCGCUUGUAAAUUUGAAAAGGGAGCUAAUUCCAAGUUCGGUGUACUUUGACAGCAUAAGAGCAUUUACCAACAUCAAAUCGCACUAUAGGUAUUUCCUUAGGUUCACAAGAAAGGAAGCGGAGAAGGAAGAGGUCAAGAUUAGGAAGGAGCGCCCAAUUCUCCUGUCCAGUUUGACCGGUGACACAGAGGAACAUGUUCACAUCGGUGGAGACACACACAGCGAUGGAGAUGAACAAAGAAGUGAUGAGGGAAUCCCCCAGAAGGAACACCAAAGAGUGAAAAAUAAAAGAAAGAAAGAAGACACAGUACGCGGGGAGAGGGGAAUAAUCCCUCAACCGUGGCGCAACCCGUUCGAUUUGUUUUUGGAUAACGUGGAUAAUCUGCUGAAGGACACCACACUCAAGCAGAAACUAAAUUCGAAUGAAUUCCUAUGUGAAUGCCCGACUCACCAAACUUACUAUAUGGCGAAGAAAAAAAAAAAAAAAAAAAUGCUACUAGAUGAGCAUAUGUACAUGAUUAGCAGCUACAAUCAUCAUUUUUAUAAUUUGCAUGAUCGAUUCUUGCCAAUCUAUGCGUAUUCCAAAAUGUGCCACAUAGACAAGAAAAAGGAAAAUCCCCUUGGAGAGGCACAACGAUGGAAGAGAAAAAAAAUGGAGAACCACACGAUGGAAGCGAAUGUAGCGGAGAAGCCAUCACGGAAAAGGAAAAAGAAGAAGGUGGAUAUAGUGAUGGUGCACGGGCUGAGGGGAAACGCCCUACGAACAUGGAGGUUCUCCAAUUUGUACCAUAACAGCCCCAGUUAUCGCUUCUAUUACCGAAAUAAUAAUUUGAAGAAGUACGAGAAGGUCGUUACGAAUACACAGACGCACGGUGGUGACAGUGAGAAUGAAAGCGAUCAUAGCACAGAUGAGAGAAAAAAUUAUGUGUGGUCGUUCCUCGAUAUAAACGGAAAAAGGGAAGACAAAGAUUACAGCCAAUCAUCCUUAGAAAAAAAUGAACCAAAGGAAGAGGAGGACGAACUUUUUAGCGCCAUAAAUAGCAACACGGACAAAUACAAAGAAAAUCAAAACGUCUUUGUUUUUGACGAAUCAAGUAAGGAAAUAAGGGAGUGCAUAAAAAUACGAUAUAAUUUUCGCGUUGUGGCUAACGAGGAUUUAAUUCACAUGAUGUUGUUAAAUUAUAAGUAUAAUCAAAACGUCUUUCCCAUUUAUUCGGACACCCGAAUUGUUGACAAAAAUAUUUUUAAGUCCAUUUUUUUGAAAAAUAAGAAAUUAAAAAAUGAUCUGGACUUUUACAGCGAUUUGCUGUCCUAUUUGUUGUGGCCCGUUUAUUUGUUGUACCCUCGAAGUAAGCGCUCGAAUAUUUUCAUUUUUAACUAUCACACGCCGUUGUACCCUGAUGGGAGCUACUACGUCAAACGGGGUCGCCAGAACGCGAAGGGGGACUGGGCGCAGCGAGAAAAAAUGGAGAAAAGGGAAAACAGCGAGGAGGGAAUGGCCGUAGAAGGCGGAGAGGGAAGUAGUGUAGGAACAAAUGAGGAAAGCUACACCGAAAAAGAAGAAGAGAGGAACCGAGUGGGACUUCUCAACAGCUCGAUUAACGGAGAAGAUAAGGAGCAGGAUAAUCAAGGGUACACGUUUUACCAUCUCAGCUCGCUUAAUUACCUAUUUACGAAAAAGGAUGAAAACCACGAACAAUAUUUUAACAAAAAAAAAUAUUUUUACACAGACAGAAUGAAUAUAGAGGAGUUGUCCAUAUUUCUUUUGAAAAAAUUAAAAGGCAUAAACAUAGGAAGGCAUAAUGACAUUAUAUUUGUGGCUCAUUCCAUGGGAGGGUUAUUAACACAGUACGUGUUGCUAAAAAAUGAUGAUAUUUUCAGCAAGACCAAAUAUGUGUUUUUUUACGCUUCUCCCCAUUUUGGCUCUCCCCUUUCCUCGACGGCUUUUUUGUUCAAAACAUUUUUAUCGCCCUAUGUUUAUGAGCUCAAUGACUACGAUUCCACUCUGAGCAACUUGCAGUAUUCCUUUAGGGAAAGGAUAAAGAACUCAACCGUCAAGGUUUAUUCCUUCUCGGAGUCGGAGAAAACUCCUUUGCCAUUUAUAGGUGUGCACACAAUGAUCGUCCCAAGCGUGAGCUCCUAUUUGAACUACUCCAAAAUGUUUACAAUAAUCAAGGACUGCAACCAUCUCGAAAUAAGUAAAUUAAAUAGCGAGGAUGACGUAAAGUACCAUUAUUUGAAUAAGGCAAUAAGGGAAGUGCUGCGGGCGAAAUAG